AUGGGUCAGCCUUGGAAAUGGUCUCAUGGCCACAAAGUAGCCUUUAGGGAAGUGAAGAAGCAGUUAGUGUCGUUUCAGAUGUUGGCCCACUGCGAUCCCAGUCAAGGAGUGGUGCUGACAUGCAUAGUGUUUGCUCACCAGCGGCCCUGCAGAGAGGAAAGCCCAAUAGCGUACGCCUUCCAGAUUUUGACUGAUGCUGAACGAAAAUACACCCAGAUCGAGCAGGAAGUUUUGGCGGUCAUCUUUGGUGUGACAUCACGCCCCUCCCCCUCACCUGCUCUCCCGCAGAUCAUUGUUUGGGAUGAGGAGUUCUUCCAGGGCCGUCGACAUGAAUUCACAGCAGAAUGUCACAAUGUGAUGGAGUCUGGAUUCGAAACGGUGCGGUCUAUGAAGGUGGAAAGUGGAGCCUGGGUGGGUUAUGAGCACACAAACUACCAGGGGCAGCAGUUUGUGCUGGAGAGAGGGCAGUACCCACACUGGGAAAGCUGGAGUGGCAGUAACUCUUAUCACGUCGAGAGACUGACCUCUUUCCGAACUAUCGCCUGCGCUAACCACUGUGAAUGUCGGAUGUCCAUGUUUGAGAGAGAGAACUUUCUGGGCAGGAAGGGAGAGUUGACCGAUGACUAUCCAUCUCUACAAGCCAUGGGCUGGUGCAACAACGAAGUUGGAUCCUUCCGAAUCCACUCUGGCGCAUGGGUAUGCUACCAAUAUCCAGGUUACCGUGGCUACCAGUUCAUCAUGGAAUGUGAUCGUCAUGGCGGAGAGUACAAACACUGGAGAGAGUGGGGCUCCCAUGCGCAGACUUUCCAGAUUCAGUCCAUCCGCAGGAUCCAGCAGUAAAAUGAACCCUGAUGGCUGUGUCCUCGCAG